AUGGCUUCCUUCUCGAGACCCGUACCUGGGGCUAUUGUCGCAUCUUCGGGGUCUCGAUCGCAGUUUCCAACCUACAUACACCAGAAUUUUGAUAAGUGCGUAGAGGCAGCGAAAGAAACGGAACAUGAGUACAACCAGGCCAUGUCUACAAACAUCAAGUCCAACACGUUGGCUGAAAUUCCCGGCCUGGGCCUGGUGCACCCUAUGGCCCUCACCAUUGCAAACUGCCUUCCUGACCGGCUGGCCGCCAUUACGCGUUUUGCGGAUUUCACCAUCUUGAAUGACGACUACUACGACUCCGCAAAGAAAGAAGAGAUUCAAGAAGUCAAUGAUGGCAUCCAGAGCGCAAUCAGAGGGUUCUCGUCUCCCAGUGCUUUGCCCACGCCAUCCAGUUCCUCCGCCUUCAAGGCAAAACAGCUCCAGGCAGGCUUCAUGCUGGAGCUGUUUAGUCUCGACCAAGAGUUUGCCCUGCAUAUCAUGUCAUCCUACAGCCAAGGACUCGACAUUGCUACGUUCGCUCCGGACGACCUCAAGACCCUGGAUGACUAUCUCCCCGUGCGAAGCAUAAACUCGGGACUUGACGUGACAGAAGACAUGGCCUGCUUCGGUACGGGGGUAAGGAUUUCUCGCGCCGAGAAAGAGAAGCUUCGCAAGGCCACGGACAUGGCUAAAUACGCCAUCACAAUAGUCAACGAUCUCUACAGUUGGCCCAAGGAGAUCAAAUGUCAUCUCGAAACCCCUGGCUCCAACCCGCCGUUCAAUGCCGUGGCCGUGCUCAUGCGGCAUUCUGGGUAUUCCGAGUCCGAGGCAUUCCAGGCUCUGGCCGACAAGCAAGCUGAGCUAGAGGAUAAGCACCUCCGCCUCGUCGAAGCUCUGCGGGAGCAAGAAGGUGGAAGCUUGCCGGAGAAUCAGGAGCGGUACAUUGCGAAUGCGCAACAGGCAGUGUCAGGCUCGGAGCUGUGGAGUGUCUUCACAACCAGAUACCCGUCGAAAGCAGAUCUCCAGCAGCCGCCAGUAGAAUUUGUGGAUGGAAAGCUCCGAUACGCGAGUGAGAACAACAAGAUCGUGAAGGAAGAACCGGAAACAUUGCUUGCAGUGUCGAGCGUGAUCGAAAAACAACUCGCGUUGCUGGAGGUUGCUUCGAUCACAUCCAGUUCUUCUUCGGCAUCGUCAUCAGGCUCGUCUUCGUCCGCGUGCGAAAACAAAAGCCACAGCACUGGCGAUUUGGCAACCAUCGAGACUACCUGCGACAGUCAAAGCAUCACUGCUUGUCCCUCCGAGAAGGAGUACAAGCGAACCAAGGCACUUCUGCCCGAUGGUUCAGACCUCUCGACAUAUGCCUCCCGCGUAGCGGCUGCUCCAGAUCAUCCUGUCAUGGCACCGUUCAAGUACAUCGCCUCUUUGCCAUCCAAAGGCGUCCGGGACACGUUCAUCGACGCCCUCAACUGGUGGUUGAAAGUCCCCGACGACUCGUUGCUUUCAAUCAAGACAGUCAUAAGCAUGCUCCAUGACUCCUCGCUCAUGCAAGUUGAAAUAUUGGACGACAUAGAGGAUGACUCCACGCUCAGGAGAGGCAGCCCUGCCGCACACACAAUAUACGGAACGGCCCAGUGCAUCAACGCGGCAAACUACAUGGUUGUCAUGGUAUUGGUAGAGAUCCAAAAGCUUCGCAGCCCGAGGAAGUUAGACAUCCUGAGCGAGGAGCUUGAAAAUCUCUUUUUGGGACAAAGCGAAGAUCUCUUCUGGAAGUACCAGGUCGAGUGCCCUACCACUGAAGAGUACAUGGAGAUGAUUGAAAACAAAACCGGAGGUCUCUUCCGGCUAUGCGUUCGCCUUCUUCAGGCAGAGUCAACCAGGAACGACGUCCGCAACCUUGAUCCGAGGCCAUUCGUCCGUCAGCUCAGCCUGUAUUUCCAAAUCAGAGAUGACUACCAAAACCUUGUUUCGGAUCAGUACGCCAAACAGAAGGGCUUCGCUGAAGAUCUUGACGAGGGGAAGAUCUCGUUGCCCAUGAUCCUUACUCUCCAGAGGAUGCGGACGAGACCCGAAAUCAUGGGCAUCAUGAAGCACAAGAAGCCCGGGCCGAUGUCGAUGGAGAUGAAACAGUUUAUCCUCACCGAGAUGAGGAAGUCGGGCGCUCUGGAAACUACACACAGCUUGCUUCAGACGAUGCAGGAGGACCUUAUCACGGAGCUGAGGGGCCUAGAGCGCGAUUUCGGCUCCAAGAACCCGAUGUUGGAGAUGGUACUGAGGAAGCUAUGGAUAUCAUGA